AUGACAGACAUGGACAAGGUAUACAAAAAAUGCAAGGAACACUCCUGCAGAGAUCGAGAAACAGCAUCGGGAAGAGGUAAAAGCGGCUAUCCUCCAGAUCGCAGAGAACUUGGAAGGGCUGGAUGGCUUUACUUACACACAAUUGCAGCAAACUAUCCAGAAACACCGUCAAAGGACGAUAAAUUGAAGACAUCAGCAUUCCUUCAUACAUUUGCUGAGUUAUACCCGUGUAGCUUAUGUAGAGACAGCCUGAUAGAUAUCUAUCGAAGGGCUCCUCCAAAGGUCAACUCCAAACGCGAUUUCCUUUUGUGGACUUCCAAUAUACAUGAUGCUGUAAAUGAUGAGUUGGGGGUAGCAAUGCAAAACUUGACGUAUGAGGAACUACUUGUAAAAUACUCUUAG